UGGCUAGAUUUCAGCUCCACCCAUCCAAACGUGCUUACAAACAUGAAGCUCGGUUUUUUGCUACUGGGAGCCAGACGUCGCGUAUUGACUAGUAAAGACGGAAAGAAAAGUUUCUAUAAAGGAAGAGGCUGCAAACCGACUGGAUUCCACACUAGGAAUGGGCAAUUUCGUGUGGUGAAGUCCAUGAUUCCUGAAAUAGUCGUGCCAGAUUUGAGUGAAUUUGACUUAAAACCUUACGUGUCGCACAAAGCACCUUAUGUAGUAGGGAAGCCGUUGACAGGAAAAGACUUAUAUUCACUGUACGAAGAGGCGGAGUCAUAAAGUAACACACAGAGAAGAUUAAUUUAUUAUUCAUUAUUGACACUUAAUAAAUAAUAAAUAAUUAUUGUAAAAAUAAUUAUUUUAAUUUAUUAAUAAGUUAUAGCUCUAGUAACUGAAA